ACAGGCAAUCUCUAACAAAAAUGAAGCUGCCAGAUGUUUGAGACUUCAAUUUAUUUGCUUUCAUAACAUCGAUUGAUGUGGUCAAUUAACAGUUAAUUAAUUAUUUUUUUUUUGUUAUGACUUUACAAACAAGUGAAAGCCUUUCCUGUCAUCAAACAUUGUACAGAAUGUUAAUAAGACUUCGUUUAUUUAGAUGGAGUACUUACCGGUUAAUAAUAUUGUCAUCUUUUAUCUGGAUUCUGGUGGGGUUCAGUGUACUUGUGUAUUAUAUGGACUGUUUAGGUAGUUCUGGUAUUAAUUGUGUUGGUGGUAAACAACGUAAAUUAUUUCAAUUAUCAUCUUCUAGUGCAAAUAAUCCUAACAAUGUGAAUUUUAAUUACAAUGGAUUAGAGGAAUCAAUUGAAAAUGAUUUAUCAAAUUUAAAUAGUGAUAAUUUAAUUGUAAAUGAAAAUGCCAAUUCCCUUCUUUUACCAUUUAAAUCAAAUCAACUUAGAAAAUGGAAAUCACCUGUCUUGGCUACAAAUCCAAGUUCAUGGCCUGGUGAAAAGGGUAAACCCGUGAAUAUUCCGAAAGAAGAAGAAUCUCUUAAAAAUGAGAAAUUUAAAUUAAAUCAAUUUAAUCUGUUGGCCAGUGAUAGAAUUGCGUUAAACAGAUCUUUGCCUGAUGUUAGAAUGGAUUCAUGCAAGAAGAAACGUUAUCCAAGUGAAUUACCUACAACCAGCAUUGUCAUUGUUUUCCAUAAUGAAGCCUGGUCAACUUUAUUACGAACUGUUCAUAGUAUUAUCCGAACCUCACCAAGGACUCUUCUUGAGGAGAUUAUUCUUGUUGAUGAUGCUAGUGAUGGAGAACAUUUAGGUAAAAAAUUAGAAGAUUAUGUGGUUACUUUGCCGGUCCCUGUUCAUGUUUUACGAACAGGGAACAGAUCAGGAUUGAUUCGAGCUCGUCUUUUAGGAGCAUCACAUGUUAAAGGUCAAGUAAUUACCUUUCUAGAUGCUCAUUGUGAAUGCUCAAAAGGAUGGUUGGAACCUUUAUUAGCAAGAAUAAGAGAAGAUAGAACUCGUGUUGUUUGUCCAAUUAUUGAUGUGAUAAGUGAUGAUAAUUUUGAAUAUAUCCCAGCAUCUGAUAUGACUUGGGGAGGAUUCAAUUGGAGACUUAAUUUUAGAUGGUAUCGAGUUCCUCAACGAGAAAUUGAUCGUCGUAAUGGUGAUAGAAGUGAACCCGUUAGAACACCUACUAUGGCUGGAGGAUUAUUCUCUAUUGAUCGUGAUUACUUUGAAUAUCUUGGUAAAUACGAUGAAGGAAUGGAAAUCUGGGGAGGAGAAAAUCUUGAAUUAAGUUUCAGGAUCUGGAUGUGUGGAGGAACACUUGAGAUAGCAACUUGUUCUCAUGUUGGUCAUGUUUUCCGUAAAUCUACGCCUUACACUUUCCCUGGCGGUACAACAAAGAUAGUUAAUCAUAACAACGCUCGUUUAGCUGAUGUUUGGCUGGAUGAAUGGAAAGACUUUUAUUAUGCCAUUAAUCCAGCAGCUAAGAAGGUUAAUAAAGGUGAUACAAAAGGACGAAAAGAGUUACGAGAAAAAUUGAAGUGCAAAAGUUUCCGUUGGUAUCUUGAAAAUGUUUACCCUGAAUCUCAAAUGCCAUUGGAUUACUAUUCAUUGGGUGAGAUUCGUAAUGUUGCCAUAAAUCAUUGUCUUGAUACAUUUGGACGUAAAAGUGGUGAAAAUGCUGCAAUGAGCCAGUGCCAUGGAAUGGGUGGUAAUCAAGUGUUUGCUUAUACAAAACGUAAACAAAUCAUGUCAGACGAUAAUUGUUUAGAUGCUUCCAGUAAAAAAGAGCCUGUUAAAUUGAUUCGAUGUCAUGGGUUAGGAGGCAAUCAAAUGUGGGAAUAUCAUACGAAAGAGCAAACAAUUGUUCAUGUAAACACAGGACUUUGUUUAGACAAAUCUGAUUCUACUCUUGAUGCAAUUCAUCCAACAUUACAAGAAUGUGAUAACAGUGAAUCGCAACAAUGGAUUCUAGUUUCAAACUUUAAAUGGCAAACACCUGAACAUAAUAAAACACACACUGAUAAUGAUGAUUCAAAGAUUGCUGUUUAAUGGCAACCUGACCAAAGGAAUUGCAAGAAAUACAUUCAUUAUGGCUGACAAUAUGGAUUGUUCCUAUACUUUCAUAACUAAUUACUGUCCUUGUAUUUGAAUAUACCAAAGGAAAGUUAACUUCUUGCUCAUCAGUCAAUACAAUUGAUGUCAUUGUAUGUAUGAUAUAAUAUUAACAAUUUAUUUUGUCAAAGUAAUUCGUGAUCAUGAUUGGGACUGGAUCAAUGAUUAUAAAAACUGCCUGCGAUUUAUUGAAAAUUAUUUUCCUUUUUACUGAAGAGUUUGUCCAUUCACUAUGAUUCUUUCAUCUGUAAGUUGAUUUUAGUUAAUGAUAUUCUUAAUCAUAUUUACAAUUAACUCAAUUGUGCCUUUUGUGGAUGCAAAAAUUAAUGCAAUUUAUACUUUCAGUAUUAUGAAAGAACAAAGUUCUUGCAUUGAAAGGAUUGUUAAAUGGAUUGUCAUUGAAUUUAUAUAUUAAUUGGUCAUGUAAAAAGAUUUUUUGUUAACAAUUGUUCUAUUCCUUAUUAUAAAUAAAUUGUACAUCUUA